AUGGCGGAGUGGAAUGUCUCUGCCCUCGGCGGCCUGUCGGGCGAGUGCCUGGCUUCGCUGCGUCUCGCCCCUGGGGCCUCGGUGGCCGAGCUGAAGCGGCUCGUGGGCGGCGCCGGGCCAGUGAAGCUCUUCCAUGAGGGGCAGCAGAUCUUUAGCUCUCAAACUCUCGCAGAAGCAGGGCUUAGGAUCGGAUCAGGGUCCGCGCGAAGAGGUCGGCCAGCGCGAAAGGUCGUCCUUCUGCUGCGGCUGAAGCACACAAAGCCACAGGAGCCGAGCUCUCUCCGUGCGUGCAACGGGUGUUCCACCUGGGUUUCGGGUGUCUUUUGUAGAAAAACACGUCCCAGACAUGCCCCUGAUUUUAUAUAUUUUAUGAUAAUUGUUUAA